AUGGAUGUGAAUAAGCCAUGGCCAUGUCUAAUGAUUCUUCACGGAACAGUGAAAAACCCAACCCUUACCUUCUAUAACGUAUCUGAUGAAAACUAUCAGUCGAAAACGCCCAAAGAAUGUAGAAAUAAGGACAUGCUUUGGUCUUAUGGAGAGUGGGUGAUGCUUCGGGAUACCAUAAAUUCAGCCGAUUUUUGUCUCCUGAAUGUUUUGACAAUGGAGAUAUUGCAGCUCCCAUCGCUGGACGGAAGCCUGAGCAUCAGACAAGUUGGUCCGAUUCUAUCCUCGCCACACCCUACUACCGACACUAAUUGUAGAGUGUUUCUGCAGAUUGACACAAUGAAGGGACUUUGUCUUUCCUGCCAGAUGGGUGCAGAGCAAUUCCACCUGCAAAAUUUCAAUUUGGACAACAUGCUUAUGGACGCCAUAAUAUUGCAAGGCAAAAUGUAUGGCUUUACUCUCACUGAUCGUAACCUGAUUUGUUCGGACAUUAAAGAAGGCGACCCAAGUAGUAUUCAGUUCAGAGAAUGCAUAAAUGGUGCACAAGAACUAACUGAUGAUAAAUCGCUCUUCUGGAACAAUGGCCGUAAAAUAUUAUCUCAUGGAAUCGUGCGGCAAGAUCUUGAUGGUGCCAUUUUUCUUGAUGAAUGGAGAAGCUUUUGUUCAUGUAUUUCUGGAUGUGGCCUUAAAGGGAAUUGCAUCUACUUUACCGGAUUGGACGCGACGUUGCAUGUUUAUGACUUGGAAGAUCACGGUGUUAUAAUGCCGCCGCCAUUCCGUUUCACCAUGAAAGAUCCCAAGCUGUGCUGGCUUCUGAUUUCCAACACCAGUAGUCCAUACUAGGAAACAAUAUUGUGUAUAGGUCGUUUCGGCCUUGGAAGUGGGUUUAUCUUGUGCUUAUGGAAUUCAAUUUAGUUUUCAAUUAUUCGAGUUUUUCU